GUCGUACCAUAGUCAACCGUAAAGUUGGAAGGACGGAAGAUGGCGCGCUACAUCAGAACAGCUUUGAUAUUGUCCUUAUUCGUUUCCGUCCGCUCUGACGAGCAACUCGAGGCCUACAGACGACACGAAGCCUUGCUGAGACAGUAUCCCUGCAGCACCCCACAGCCGAGGGUGUUCGAAUUGGAACAGGUUAUAGGAGUGGACGUCUUGCAGGAGAAAACGAGGGGUAACCUGCAUUGGAUUAAACCGGCAACGACGGUGCUUCACAGGUGCAUCUCCUCAGGCUGUUGCCAAAUUCCACGGGAAAAAUGCAUGCCAUCGAAAAAAGAGGAUGUAAAAUUGACAUUCCUUAUUACAAGCUCAACCCUGGAUUAUUUAGAAGUAGACGCCGUUAACCACACUCGCUGUGCCUGUACCACCGUAUAAAAAAUGGACGUGUUAUCUCUUAACUAUUUCCUGUAAUCUAUAAUCUGUGAUAUAAUAGUAUUAUUAUUUAUUUUUUCCAUGGUUGUUAAGUAUUUAUUCGUUAUAAAUUAUUAUUAUUAUUA